ACUUUACUUUAUAUAACUCAGAAGAGGAAGACAUCUUCUCUGCCACUUCCAUCGUCUUCGCCGGAACAAGCUCUUUUGCUUCUUUUCUCUCAUCAUUCUUCACCGUAACCCAUCACUCUCUCUCUCGCCCUUGUUCACUCACAAGUCUCAAGGAUCAGUACCCGGAAGGAGCAGUUUAAAAAAAAAAAUCAGAAAAUGGUGAAAAUAUGCUGCAUUGGCGCUGGCUACGUGGGUGGUCCAACCAUGGCGGUUAUGGCUCUUAAGUGCCCUGAGAUUGAAGUAGCCGUUGUCGACAUCUCUGAACCAAGGAUCAAUGCCUGGAACAGUGAUAAGCUUCCUAUCUACGAGCCAGGCUUGGAGGAUGUGGUGAAACAAUGCAGAGGGAAAAACCUCUUCUUUAGCACAGACGUGGAGAAACAUGUCUUCGAGAGUGACAUUGUGUUUGUCUCAGUCAACACUCCAACCAAAACGCAAGGUCUUGGUGCUGGAAAAGCUGCUGACCUUACUUACUGGGAGAGUGCUGCUCGGAUGAUCGCUGAUGUCUCAAAAUCUAGCAAGAUCGUUGUUGAGAAAUCCACUGUUCCUGUGAGAACAGCAGAGGCAAUCGAAAAGAUACUGACUCAUAACAGCAAAGGCAUAGACUUUCAGAUUCUCUCUAACCCUGAGUUUCUUGCUGAGGGUACUGCUAUUAAGGACCUUUAUAACCCAGACCGUGUGCUAAUUGGUGGUAGGGAUAAUGCAGCUGGGCAAAAGGCCAUUGAAGCUCUGAGAGAUGUUUAUGCUCAUUGGGUUCCAGUGGAACGCAUCAUUUGCACUAACCUCUGGUCAGCUGAGCUCUCUAAGCUUGCAGCAAAUGCAUUCUUGGCUCAGAGGAUAUCAUCUGUCAAUGCCAUGUCGGCUCUUUGUGAGGCAACCGGCGCUGACGUCACGCAGGUUGCGCACGCCGUGGGUACGGAUACUAGGAUUGGUCCCAAGUUCUUGAACGCAAGUGUUGGUUUUGGUGGAUCAUGUUUCCAAAAGGACAUAUUAAACCUUAUCUAUAUCUGUGAAUGCAACGGCUUGCCCGACGCAGCUAACUACUGGAAACAAGUCAUAAAGGUGAACGACUAUCAGAAAAUCCGGUUUGCAAACCGGGUUGUUUCUUCAAUGUUUAACACGGUCUCGGGAAAGAAGAUAGCGAUCCUCGGUUUUGCCUUCAAGAAGGACACAGGUGACACUAGAGAGACUCCUGCAAUUGAUGUUUGUAACAGAUUAGUAGCUGACAAGGCCAAGCUGAGCAUAUACGACCCACAAGUCGUUGAAGAACAGAUCAAGAGAGAUCUUUCCAUGGCUAGGUUUGACUGGGACCACCCGGUUCCUCUUCAGCAGUUUAAAGCGGAAGGUAUCUCAGAGCAAGUGAGUGUCGUCUCAGAUGCUUACGAGGCGACUAAAGAUGCGCACGGCCUUUGUGUCUUAACCGAGUGGGAUGAGUUUAAGUCCUUAGACUACAAGACAAUCUUUGACAGUAUGCAGAAGCCUGCUUUUGUUUUUGAUGGUAGGAACGUUAUUGAUGCAGUGAAGCUGCGUGAGAUUGGGUUUAUCGUCUAUUCCAUUGGUAAGCCGCUUGAUUCAUGGCUCAAGGACAUGCCUUCUGUGGCAUGAAGGUGCCAACUUCGACCAAACUAUAUGCCUUUUCUAAUAUAAUAUAGUAUUGAAUUCCUUUUUGAUUCCUGAUUCUUAUUGUAACGUCUGAAUCUGAACAAUGAUGAUACAGAAAGUGUCUGAAUCUCCUAAGUUGGAAGAGUAUAUUUAUAAAAACUUAUAGUUUAUAUCAA